CUUCGAUCAUAUCGCAUAGAACUAGCUAAACAUUACUCAUUGAUCUUUUCAUUUCUCGCUCUAGAACUUUCUUCAGUUACUUUCUCACUCUAAAACUCGUUCUUCCAACUCAGUACUCAAGAUGCGUGAGAUUCUUCACAUCCAGGGAGGACAAUGCGGGAACCAAAUCGGAGCCAAGUUUUGGGAGGUUGUGUGCGCGGAGCACGGGAUCGACUCCACCGGAAGGUACCAAGGGAACACUGAAAUGCAACUCGAGCGAGUUAACGUGUACUACAAUGAAGCGAGUUGUGGAAGAUUCGUACCUCGAGCUGUGCUCAUGGAUCUGGAGCCAGGGACCAUGGACAGUGUCAGAUCUGGUCCUUACGGACAGAUUUUCCGGCCGGAUAAUUUCGUUUUUGGACAGUCCGGUGCCGGAAAUAACUGGGCGAAAGGUCACUAUACCGAGGGAGCUGAGUUGAUUGACUCGGUACUCGAUGUUGUGAGGAAGGAAGCAGAGAAUUGUGACUGUCUUCAAGGGUUUCAGGUUUGCCACUCCCUUGGUGGUGGAACUGGUUCUGGAAUGGGAACACUUUUGAUUUCCAAGAUCAGAGAAGAAUACCCUGAUCGAAUGAUGCUUACUUUCUCUGUGUUUCCGUCUCCUAAAGUAUCUGACACUGUUGUUGAACCUUAUAAUGCUACACUCUCUGUCCACCAACUUGUUGAGAACGCGGAUGAGUGUAUGGUUUUGGAUAAUGAAGCUCUCUACGAUAUUUGCUUCCGCACUCUUAAACUCACCACUCCAAGCUUUGGAGAUUUGAACCAUCUAAUUUCAGCCACAAUGAGUGGUGUUACAUGUUGUCUCCGAUUCCCUGGUCAAUUGAACUCUGAUCUUCGCAAACUGGCAGUGAAUCUAAUUCCUUUCCCUCGUUUGCAUUUCUUCAUGGUGGGUUUUGCCCCACUCACUUCUCGUGGCUCACAGCAGUACAGGGCUCUCACUGUACCUGAGCUGACCCAACAGAUGUGGGAUUCCAAGAACAUGAUGUGCGCCGCUGAUCCUCGCCACGGGCGUUACUUGACAGCAUCUGCCAUGUUCCGUGGUAAGAUGAGCACGAAGGAGGUUGAUGAGCAGAUGAUCAAUGUUCAGAACAAGAAUUCAUCAUACUUUGUUGAAUGGAUUCCCAACAAUGUGAAAUCAACCGUCUGUGAUAUCCCUCCAACCGGUCUUAAAAUGGCUUCUACAUUCAUCGGCAACUCAACAUCUAUUCAAGAAAUGUUUAGGAGGGUGAGUGAGCAAUUCACGGCUAUGUUCCGAAGAAAAGCUUUCUUGCAUUGGUACACUGGAGAGGGUAUGGAUGAGAUGGAGUUUACUGAAGCCGAGAGUAACAUGAAUGACCUUGUUUCUGAGUACCAGCAGUACCAAGAUGCUACUGCAGACGAAGAGGGGUAUGACUUUGAAGAUGAGGAAGAAGUCCAGGAGGAGGAAGAGGAAGUUUAGAAACUAGUAUUUUAACUAGUAUCUUUAACCGUGUGUUUUGUUUGUGUGUGUGGUACUCUAUGAAUGACCUUUUCCCCAUGUUUUACUUGUUAAAGCUGACGCGUAUUAAUUUCUGAAAGAUUGAAGCAUAUAAUCCAUAUUAGUCAUGUUAAGGGUUUGGAUUCUUUAAAUUCCUUGUGUUCCAAAAUUCUCCUAAUCAAGUCUACUAAAGUGAAUUAUC